AUGUCGGCUCCUCACCACGCCUUGGUCUUUGGUGCCUCUGGCAUUCUCGGCUGGUCCGUAGUCAACCAGAUUCUCAAGAACUAUCCCGAAAGGGGAGUGUUUCACAAGGUCACUGCACUCUCCAAUAGACCUUUGAGCGAGGAGAAUGCAUUUUGGCCUCUCAGUGGUCCUGGCAAACCAGUCCUGUCAAUCGUGGACGGGAUCGACUUGACCUUGGGAACCAUGGAUCAUAUGAAGGAGACACUACGACUUCGCGUCCCUGAUAUUGGCUCCGUUACUCACAUUUAUUAUUUCGCCUAUCUAUCCCAUCCCGACUUUCCAACAGAGUCCCACAUCAAUCUAGGCAUGCUCCAAAGAGGUUUCGCGGCAGCAGAAAGCCUGGCACCGAAUCUUCAUAUGCCAUUCUACCGGCUGGCACCAAGGUUAGCCCUAGAUAUCGGCUAUGGUAUUCAUUUGCCGCAGAGGCCGUUCCAGGCUCCCUUUACAGAGGAGAUGAGUGACGUACAUCAACCUUGGCAUGAUGAGCUCUUCUACUAUGUGCUACAUGCAGAGCUAGACAAGCUUCAAAAGGGUAAAUCCUGGAAAUUCGCCGAGGUCAGAUGCGGUCCAGUUGUCGGGUUCGUCCCUCACAAGAACCCGUAUAAUCUUGCGGGAGCUUGUGUGAACUUUCUCUCAGUGUACAAGUUUCUACAUGAGCAAGGACACCCGGAUGCAAAGUCGGAAAAGAUUCCCUGGCCCGCGGCUCCGGAAGACUGCGACACCUUGUUCAAUGAUGGCGGACAGGAUAUUUUUGCCGAGUUCAGUAUAUAUCUAUGCUUGCAUCCAGAGAUUGCCGGGAACAGCGAAGUCUACAACAUCGGGGAUGCGUCUGAGCCUGCGAGCAUGUCUGAUCGGUGGCGGGUCAUCUGCUCUCUGUUCGGGCUUCAGGGGGUACCGCCCGUUGAAAAGUCGGACCCGGCGUUUGUCCUUCCUAGCAAAUUUCUCCAUGAUCAUCCCGAGGCGGUAAAUCAACUAAAAGAGGAACAGGGCGUCACUCUUCAGGAGAUUGCGCUGGAAGACACGAUCGAAGUAUUCACGGAUUGGAUCAAUUUUGACCACCAUUUCUCGUUUACUAAAACGAGAAAGACGGGCUUUGAUCACGAGCUGUCACUCGAAGACUCAUGGCGGAUGGUGUUUGAUAGAUAUCAUCAAGCGAAACAUUGCUAUUAUGGGCGUACAGAUUAG